CCCUCCCUCUUCAAGGACGACCCAAUCGCAUUCCUCUCCAACUCUUGGGUCGACAACUUCCGCCAUCCCAACGCCACCGUCACCAACCUCUCCCCUUCCUUCCGCCGCCUCGACCUCUGGCUCCUCGCCUACCAGAAGGUCGUCGCCGACGACACCGUCUCCUACCUUCCCUGCUCCUCCGUCCCCUCCUCCGCCCUCAACGACCUCUUCUCCCUCCGUAACGCCGUCCUUGACUGCCAAUUCCGAUGGGGCCAGUGCCUCAAGUUCUUCAUCAAGUCCCCCAAAGACACCACCGAUUAUGAAUCCCUACUGAAGAGAAAAAUCAAAGCCAUAUUAACCACCACACAACCGACCCCUUUUCAGGAUAAGAUUGUUCAGGAGGUGUUGCUGAUGAUCUUGGAGCCAAUUUUUGAGGCUCGAUUUUCGAGCAAGAGUUUUGCCUCCCCCGGUAGGACUCCUCACACUGUGUUGAGGGUUAUUAGGAGGAGUUUUGCAGCGUAUUUAUGGUAUAUGAAAGGUGAUUUGAGUACCCUUUUGGAUAGAAUGAAGGUUGGAAUGGUGGUCGGUGCUGUGAUGAGGGAUGUGAGGGAUAAGCUUGUGGUUAAUUUGAUAAAGGACGCAUUAGUUACUCCGGUGGUGAAGAUCGAGGUUGAGAAGCCCCAGAAGAAGAAGAAGAGGAAGUACCAGAAGAGGGUGUUGGCUGAGGAUGAGCCUAAGCCUGAUCCUUAUUGGUUGGAUACAUUCUUCGGGUUUGCGCCCGAGGAGGCUGAGAAGGUUCCUAAUUGGGGGCAUUGUGGGAUUCUUAGCCCGCUUCUGGUUAACGUUUGUUUGGAUGAAUUGGAUAAGUGGAUGGAAAGGAAGAUUAAGGAGUUUUAUGUUCCUUCUAAGAGUGAUGUUAUAUGGAAUAGCCCCGAAGGGGAGGCGGAGCAGGGUAACAUGUCUUGGCCGGAGUUUGUGCCUACGAGUGGACCGGAUAAGACAAGGAAGAUGGAUUAUAUAAGAUAUGGUGGUCAUAUCUUGGUUGGUGUUAGAGGGCCUAGGGCUGAUGCAGCCUCGCUGAGGAAGCAGUUGAUUGAGUUUUGUGAUCAGAAGUACAUGCUCAAGCUCGACAAUGAGAGCCUUCCCAUAGAACAUAUAACUAAAGGUAUAAUGUUUCUUGACCAUGUGUUGUGUAGGAGAGUUGUUUAUCCGACUCUUAGGUACACUGCCACCGGCGGUAAGAUCAUAAGUGAGAAGGGUGUAGGAACCUUUCUGUCAGUCACGACGAGCUUGAAGCAAUGCAUCAAGCAGUUUAGAAAGUUGACACUUAGGGACCAAAUUGAUGCAAUACCCUAA